AUGUCUGUUAGCAUCCCACCAGUCGUUGCAAAUAUGGUUUCACCUUUAGUAAAAGGAAGGUUUUUCUUACCUCAGGAGACUGCCCGUCAUGCCGCGACCAUUCUGGGAUUCCCAUCCAAAGCCUCCAUCGCCUCGACAUACUACGAAAGUGCAUGUGUCGACAUUGCUAGUUUGGCUUCUGUCAUCUCGGCACAUGAGCCAGUUCGACUAUAUGCGCGACCCGAAGAUGUCCAGAAAGCAAAGUCAAUGAUUAGCCAAGCUAUUACAAAAUAUCCGAGUGACACCUCCAAUAUCUCUGUCAUUCCGUUCCUCACAAAUCACCUCUGGGUCCGCGAUACAGGCCCUGUCUAUGUACGUGGCGUUGGCGAAUAUAUCCAUCAACGCUUUGCAAUCAACUUCCGUUUCAGUGAAUGGGGAAGAAAACAUGAGCUUGGCGCCCACGACCGGGCUUCGGAUGGGCUUGACUGGCCUGUGAUGACGCCUGAACAGAUCGAAGAAAACAGAAGCUUUGCCCGCAGGGUUAUCGAAUCUGAUGUUCUCCCGUCUCGGGUGACUCAAGUGGAAUCACAGAUUUGUUUGGAAGGUGGUGCACUAGUUGUCGAUGGCGAAGGCACACUUCUGGCCACUGAAAGCAGCAUCAUCAAUGAAAAUCGCAACCCAGGUCUCUCGAAGACCGCGAUUGAGACAGAGCUGCGUCGUCUGCUAGGGGUUGAGAAAAUCAUCUGGUUUCCUGGCAGAAAAGAUCUGGAUGUUACUGAUGUCCAUGUUGACGCUGAAGUCAACUUUGUCCGGCCCGGAGUUGUUGUCCUCUCGCGGCCCCAUUCUAGCGUGCCUAAGGAAUGGGUGGAGGUUUAUGAAGAGAUCAAGGACAUUCUGGGGAAGUCAGUCGAUGCGAAGGGUCGCCCUUUCGAGGUACACGUAGUAGACGAGCCGAACCCCAACAUCUUCGGGGUCUUGUCUUACGAUGAACCAGCGACGAACUACGUGAAUUUCUAUUUCGUCAAUGGAGGGCUUAUUCUUCCCCAGUUCGGUGAUACUCGGCGAGAUCAAGAGGCCCUGGUACUAUUUCAAAAGCUGUGCUCUGAUCGCGUGAUUCGGCCUGUGUUUUUGUCUGCGCUUCCAUUGGCUGGGGGUGUGAUUCACUGCGCAACCCAACCGAUACUUUUGGUGGACGAGGAAUAG